UUAGGGUUUUCAUUGUAUCCCCCACGUCCAGUUGUGCUCCAGGCCAUUUAAAAUAUAUAUUUUAAAAUUUAUUUAUUGAUAUUUUUUAUAAAUUUUAUUCAUUAAAUAUUUUAUUAUUUAAUUAUGUAUGUAUGUACGUACGUAGAAAACACCUUCUUCCCACCGCGCGCGUUUCCUCUCCUACACACAUAUAUGCUCUUCUUCUAAGCUCUCUCUGUUCCCUUCCUAUCUUUCGCAAUCUCAUAAAAAUGCUCAACACUGACCAAAUGUUGCUGCAGAGGCCCUUGCCCAUGGAGAAAACAUGGAAAUCCCAUGUCGAACUUGCUCCUAAUUGCCCUCGUUGUGCCUCCUCCAACACCAAAUUCUGUUAUUACAAUAACUAUAGCUUGUCUCAGCCUAGGUACAUCUGUAAGGAUUGUCGAAGGUAUUGGACUAAAGGCGGCUCUCUGAGGAAUGUUCCCGUCGGUGGUGGUUGUCGUAAAACUAGCCGAGCUAAGUCCCUUAGGGUCUCUCAGGAUGGUCAUCGUACAGCUUUUGCUAAGAGUUUCAGUGGUCUUAGUGAUAGAAGUAAUGAAUCAAGGGGAGAAUAUUCAUUGGCUCAAGAAACUGCAACUACUAAUGGAUCGUCUGAGAUUGAUCUUGCGGUUGUUUUCGCUAACUUCUUGAACCAAGACUCGAGUUUUCAGCCUGAAUAUAUGGCCAUGGGUCAAGAAUUGCCUAAUGAUCAGGCCUGUACACAAGCAAAUUCUUUAACACCUGAUAGUGCUGUGAUUGAAUGCGACGACAAGCUCACAGAUCUCCUGAUCCAAGAAUGUGAUUCAUUCCUUGAAGGGCUAUGUCUACCUCCAGCAAUUGUAAGAGAUCACCAGCAACAAGAAAGAAUUCAGGAGCUCAUAGAAAGUCAUGAAAUGGUGCAAGAUUAUUCUUAUUUAUGGUCUGAAGCUGCUGCAACCUUGUCAAAUGCUACAUGGGAAACUGUAGUACAGCCACAAGAAGAAUUUAUUAGUUCUUUCUCCAUGGAUGAUGAGCUAAAGAUUUCAUUAAUCAAAUAAUCUUGUCUAGUCCAUUAAUUACAAAUAUUCAUUUAAUGGUGGGAAGAGUGCAGACAUGUAUUUUUUAAAUUGAUACCCUCAUUAAUUUGGAUCAAUUUAGGAAUUGUUAGCCCAAUAUGAUGUCGUUUUUUGGUUAGGCUUUUCCCAAGAUUGAGUUGGUCCUAUAUCCGAAGUCACUAAAAAGAACAAAAGUUAGAAGGUUUCACACACUCAACAGUUUCAAAAUUACCCUCCAUUUUCCUUGCAAAUUCUUUAAUUUCCAGGAUAAUUACAACAUCAUGGACCUUACAUUAGGUCAAGAGUCACUCUCAUUUCAACAAAAUCUUGUUCCCUUAACCCUCAA